GGGCGGGUUCUUGGGGGGAAUGAGUACGAGGCAAUCCCAAGAGCUCUUCACCACCCUCACCCUCGGCUCCACGGGAAGCGGCGCACCGGCGGCGAUCAAUGGCGAUCAGAUCGAGUGGACGCAGAAUAUCGUUCAAUAUUCUCACCGCUUCAGCCGGCGGCGACGGGGAGGACCUUGAAUGGCUCUCAACCGCAGCCGCUGCUAUUCGCCGAUCCAAUUCCGAUCCUCCAGGACUGGCUCCGGAAGACGGCGCUUUAAACCCUCCCGGCAGCCAACAAAAACCACGUAAGAAGAAGAAGAAGAGAAAUCAGAGGGGAGUGAUUGAACGUUCGCUUCUUUCUGAAAAUUCCACCACUGAAACACAAUUGCAGAGUUACAUUUGCUGUGAUCCGCAGAGCAGCGCCGUGGUUUUUGAGGAAAUGGCGGCACCGCCGGAAGAGAGUAAGUGUACUGUGAGCUCGGUAAUAGGGAUGCAGUAUCGUGAACUGCGGCAGAGGAAUGCGGCUUUAAAUGGAGGUGGGGAAGAGGGAGCGGAUUCCUUUCCAGUGAGCAAGGAGACCAAGAGCAAUGGAGAUGGACAAAGCUCAGUGGAGACGGUGGAUCAUAAUACAUUGGUGAACGGAGAUGUGACUGUGGGGCGGAAUUUGGAAACUGAAGUCUCUUUGGACUGGAAGAGAUUGAUGGCUGAGGAUCAUAACAAUGAAUUUCUUGUGGAGAAUUCACCAGUGAAAUUUUUAGUGGAAGAGAUGUAUGCUGGAAAUUCUUUAAAAAGCACCGUCUGCCUUGGUAAUGAGAAAGAGCGGGAGAGAGUGUAUGACACAAUAAUUCACCUACCGUGGCGGUGUGAACUGCUUAUAAAUGUGGGGUUUUUUGUCUGCUUGGAUUCAUUUCUCUCAUUGCUAACUAUUAUGCCAACAAGGAUCAUCAUAACCUUCUGGAAGUUUUUGAGAUUUAGACAGUUAACUUGGCCAUCCGCAGCUCAGAUCUGUGAUUUUGGAUGUUUUCUUGCACUGAUUAUUGGAGUGACCCUAUUGCAACAAACAGAUAUUAGCUUAAUUUAUCACAUGAUUCGUGGUCAAGGGACAGUUAAACUUUAUGUGGUGUACAACGUGUUAGAGAUAUUUGAUAAGCUAUUCCAAAGUUUUGGAGGAGAUGUUAUGCAAACUUUAUUUACUACCGCUGAAGGGCUUGCAACUUGUUCAUCAGAAAACAUGCAAUACUGGCUAAGGAGAUUCAUCUUAGAUGAAAUAGUAGCUGUGGCAUCCAAGGGAUGGCUUUGUUUCAUAUUGGAAAUGCUCAAAUCUCUCCAAUAUUGUUAUUAUGCUGUUGAGAGGUUCCAUAUUUCUGCAUUUCUCCUGUUUGUUUUAGCUCAAAAUAUACUGGAGGCGGAAGGACCUUGGCUUCAAAGUUUCAUUUAUAAUGCCCUUGUUGUGUACAUAUGUGAAAUGAUGAUUGAUAUAAUUAAACAUUCUUUUGUUGCCAAAUUCAACAACAUCAAGCCCAUGGCAUUUUCAGAAUUUCUUGAGGAUCUUUGCAAGCAGACAUGGAACCAGCCUGAGAGUGCAAAGAAUAACCUGGUUUUCAUUCCUCUAGCGCCAGCUUGCGUGGUAAUUCGAGUGCUGCGUCCGGUUUAUGCAGCUCAUCUUCCGUACAGUCCCCUCUCUUGGCGGGUAUUUUGGAUUCUCCUCUUGUCGGCAUUGACCUUUGUCAUGCUAGCCAGCCUCAAAAUAUUGGUCGGAAUGGGGUUGAAGAAACACGCGGGUUGGUAUAUAAAGAGGUGCCAGAGAAGGAAAAAACUCCACAGUGACUGAAGAAGAAAGAUACUUUCUCACUAUUACAUGGAAAAAUCACUCUUAAGACGAGAAACGCCUCUUCGUGUGCCUAACCAUACAUAUGUGAUGAAAGCUUGUGGGAAGUUUUUCUUGCAAACCCAAUGCCAAAAGGUUCGUAUAUUGCUUCAAAUUUUGCGUUCGGGGCAUAUUCCAACCGUGACUUGUGAAUACACACACACGCGUGGACAAGCAAAUGAGUCGUAUAGAGAAUGCUUCGAAUGGAUUGGGAAACAUUUUUGUGUGGCAAGUUAUAGUGCAAUGAAAUCAGAUUUACACUCAGAUACUAUGAGACUUCUUCAGUUUCAACUUAUUCCUAGGGAGUAAAGAUGAUGUUUAACUUUUUUUUAUAGAGGGAAUAUAUUCUAAAUCACGUU